AUGGGCUACACCUAUGAGUUUCACUGGGUCCAUUCCACGGCCGGGCCCAUUGACGGGGUUUUGACGGGCGGCUUGGGUGGUGUCUUCAAUCGAUCCAUAAAUCCAACGGCCUUUGUGCGAGGACAGAUCUGUCGCAUCGUGAACUGGCCAGCUCAAGAAUACAAGAUGUUCAACACGACCUGGCGUGAACCAGCGCUUGCGGAUCAGGCCUGUCAAGAGGAGACUUGUCAGGAGGAGAGCUCGACUCUGAUGCAGCUCAAUCACCGAGAGAUGACGGGUGAUGAGCUCAAUGAGUUGAAUGAGGGUCUUCCAUGGUGGGUCAAGAAGAAGAUCAUUGACUCACGUCGAGAGAGUCACCCAGCUCCUCCUCCCCCCCCCCCGGCACCUCCACGCUAUCCUUGCUCCAUCGCAGAGCCGCAGUCGCCACGCAACGUGAGUAAAGAUUUCGUGGGAUUGUUGCCUCCGAAAGUGAAGCCUGUCGGUUUGUUCGAUGAGUUCCCCAAUCUGAUCCACGUGAACACGCACUUUCACUUGGGUGGUGAACACCAAAACGUGGAAGAUGGGGGCUAUUCCCUCAACUCUACCGAUGCCGUGCUUGGGGAUGUCGUUCCCAAUGACAUCCGCCCAGGAUAUUUUUGCGCUCCAGUGAACCAGGGACCAGAAAUGGGUGACAACUGGACCUUGGCUGAUUACAACUGGACAUCUUGCAAAAAUGUGAAGAUGGGCUACACCUAUGAGUUUCACUGGGUCCAUUCCACGGCCGGGCCCAUUGACGGGGUUUUGACGGGCGGCUUGGGUGGUGUCUUCAAUCGAUCCAUAAAUCCAACGGCCUUUGUGCGAGGACAGAUCUGUCGCAUCGUGAACUGGCCAGAACAAGAAUACAAAAUGUUCAACGAGACCUGGCGCGAACCAGUCAGAGACUCAAUUGUGUACAUUGGCUCCACCACCGGUACGUCCUACGACAAUUUACAAAUGUUCUCCAGCCGAAGUGUCAUGGCACGUGGAUCGAGAGUGCUGCAUUCUGUCGGCACAGAACAUGGACCGUAUGUGCGCAGACUUGUUGGAGUAUGGCCGAAACAUGGGUGGUGA